UUAAAGAAAGCCCUCCAGGACACCGUACUUUCGCGGAAGCUGGUCAAAAACUGCAUCAAAACACAACGGGUUUUCUGAAUAUUAUCAUAAGGCAGGCUCGGUAUGCAGCUAUAAUUUGUAUUAUUAUUAAUGUAGUUAAAUCAUUUUUUACAAACGAUGGAUGAUGAAUGGGAAGAAGAGGAGCAGCUAGUUGUUGUGGAACUGGCCGGAACCCUGAGCAAUGAGUUUCUGACCAAGAACAAGAGCACAUGUAAAGUUCUUGAUAUUGACAGUGACAAGCCAUUCAUACAAGUGGGACAAUUUGUCUUUGCUGGAGAAUAUGAAGAUGCUUUGGGGACUUCUAUGCUGUUUGAGGAGUUGCCACGGAAAGGAAAGGACUCCACUACUGAGCUCAAAUACAUGUGUCACACUGUAAAGAAACUUAUGAUGCAGCGCGUGUUCCUGACAGAGAAAAAAGAGGGGGAAACCGGCCAAGGAGGUACAGGAGACAGUGGAGAACAAGAUGAUGCCAUCUUGUUGAGUGAUGAUGAGGAGACUGGGGCAGAGCUGGAUGACACACACAACACUGUGGAUGUGGAGGACUCCCUGCUGGGCUGAUUCCAGAAGGACUCACUAUAGUAGUAUAUAUGUACAUUCAGGCAGCUCGAAGCCACAGGCAGACUGGUUUGCACCUACAACUGGAUUUAUUAGUUCAGGUUUUUUCAAAUGUUUUGUAGUUUGUAAUAAAAUAAUAAUCUGA